AUGAAAGUAUGGGAGAGGGUGGUGGAGCUGAGGGUGAGGAGGAUUGUGUUUAUUUCAGAGAACCAAUUAGGAUUUAUGCUGGGGCGUUCUAUUACAGAUGCUAUUCAUCUUGUUAGGAGGUUGAUGAAGAAGUAUAAAGAAAGGAAGAGGGAUUUACAGAUAGUGUUCAUCGACUUAGAGAAGGCUUACGAUAAAGUGCCGAGGGAAGUGUUGUGGAGAUGUUUGGAGGCUAGAGGCGUUCCUGUUGCAUACAUUAGAGCUAUUCAGGAUAUGUACGAGGGUGCUAAGACUCAGGCUGCACCAGGGAUCAACCCUCAACCCAUUUCUGUUUGCCGUGGCGAUCGAUGCGCUGACGUGUCACAUUCAAGGGGAGGUGUCGUGGUGCAUGUUAUUUGA